AUGCCCCCGUGCACCCAAAACGGCAACUGCGGCGCAGGCCUCUUCUCCUUGGUGGAGGCGCUGCUUCAUAGCCUUGAUCGCCGUGAAGAACUCCCAGGCCUUUGUAGGCUCCAAUCGAUCAUCCUCCCGCCGGACGACGGCCGGAUGGCCGGCGGUUUCUGCCCCUCCCGGGAGUCGUGCAAGCGGAGCAACGAGAAGCCAGAGCAAGGAGAUUUGGUGAUUUUGGGUUUUGGCUUUGGUGUGCACCCUGAGUACCAAAGCUGCGCUGCCGUGGUCACCCGGGUGGAGACCGGGUCACAGCAUUGCACCCAUUGCACGGUGGCUGUGCUGGACCCCUCGCGCAGCUUUCGGGUGGGCGAGUGCCAAGUGGCCUUGGAUGAUGUGAAGCCAGUUCACAAAGAAUGGCGUGCCGGAGCCCGGCUGGUGAUUGGCGGGCUUCAAAGUAGUAAAAUGAGACAUCUCAAUGGCCACGUCGUCCAUGUUUGUGAGCAUCGACGACAUGGUCAUCCUUGCUUCGUUCAACCCACCAGCGGUCGCAAAGACAAGCUCACCUUGUGCGUGCGUCUGGAGGAUCCCAUCCCAGACCAUGCCACGGCCUUGCUAUUGGAACCCAGGUUUCUGUCACCUUACAUCCAGAAGCCGCUGGCCCCUUCGCAGCCGGCUUUGGCACCGAAGUUGAAGCUGCCGGAUCAUGAGAUGGUGACGCUGCUGUCCGGGCACCGGCGCAAGCAACCAGGGCUCUCCACGGCGGAUUCCAAACCAGUAGACCUCCGCUCGUUCCCGGCGAAGCCCUCUUCCAGCCCGCCGCAGUCCUGCUCCAGCGGCUUUUUGGGUUUCAUCUCCUGGUUGGUGGAGGCUCCCUCCAAGGCGGAGGAAGAACACCCCAUGGUUUGUAAGUCCACCUCGAUCAUCAGCGUGGAUGAUGACUCCCCUCGCGCGAACUCCGCGAGCGCCACCAACGCGAACUCGGGGCUGGCGGGACUGCAGAUGCUGCACCCAAUCCCUGAGUUGUCACCCGGAGGAGAUUCCGGUCACAUUUACAGCUCCCAGAUCCCUGAGCAAGGGGACCUGGUGGUGCUUGGACGCAAUGUGACUCCACGCUUCCAGUUGUGUGCUGCAGUGGUGAAGGAUGGCGAUGGGGGGAAGCCCGUGGAGCCCAUAGAGGCCAUAGAGACCACGGAGGAUGCGAUUGAGUCCAACUUGGGUGCUGACCAUGAGAACGACGCCCCACAAAUGCUGAAGGUGAGGGUGGACGCAGAGGAUCGGACAGUGAGCAAGAUCAAGCGGGGCCACUUGCUUGAGAGGAAGCUCACCAUCGACAAGGAGAUCAUGCGUGCCGUGCCGUUGAGCCGCACCUUGCGGGGGGUUGGCCGAUUGUGGCGCCGUUCCCCGCUGGACAUGCCCGUGGAGCAGAAGUUGAAGCUUUGGAAUCGGUCAUGUCCCGUGGAGGAAUAUGAGGUCUUCUUCUCGCAUACGUGGCAUACGGCCGGGCUCUGGAAAUUUCUCUCUUUGUCUUUGCAGCUGAGUUUCUUUCAAAUUCUGCUGUGGUGGUUGGUGAGCGUUGUUUUGGUCCAGGUCCUCUUCUUUGCAGGGGUGUUGCCUCAGUAUGCCCGGGACUGGCUCGCCGACCUGCAGGGCUACAAGGCGCAGCUGCCGCGGUGCAUUUGGACCGUCUUCUUGGGCCCUCCUGUCUCGGUGCUCGCCUUCUUCUCCGCACCCUACCUCCACUUGCGCCGCGGAGAGAAGUUCUGCUUCUUGGACUGCGCGUGCAUCCACCAAGCAGACGCCACCCUCAUGGAGCGAGGCAUUUACGGACUGGGAGGUUUCUUGAAGACCUCGAAGGAGCUUCGGAUCUUGUGGAGUCCCCCUUACUUUUCGAGACUCUGGUGUGUCUUCGAAGUGGCAGCCUACCGGAUGGCCAACCCGCAUGGAAAGAUCACCGUGAAGCCUUUGUUUGUCGAAGUGAUGGUGAUCGUCCUGUGGCUUGGCUCCUCCUCAGGAAUCGCCUUGUGGGCAUCCCUGAGGGCUUUCACAGGAUCUGUGAACAUUCUGGUAGUGUUCCUCAUCCUGGUGCCCUUCCUGGUUGGUUUUCACAUGCUGAGAAAGGCUUGUCAGCAGAAGCAGCAGCUCAUCGCCGAUCUCCGCACCUUCGACCUCCAGGCCGUGGAGUGCCGCGUGGACUUUGACAAGAAGUUCGUUCAUGCGGCCAUUACUGAGUGGUACGGAGGACCGGAGGCCUUCACGGAGUAUGUCCGGGGACCCUUGCGCCGCGAGUUGGAGGCGCGGCAUUUCGAGCGAGUGCCCUUCGUUUAUAGCCUCAUCCUGGCCACUCCGCUCAUUAGCUAUGCCUUGGCCUCCUUCGUAAGCCUGGUCAAGGCUGGUGCUCCGGCAAAUAUCAUCUUGUCCUACUUCUUUUGUGCUCUACUGGGCAUGUUCACCUGCUAUGCGACGGUCUUGGCCCAGUUGUCGCUUUUUCUUUGUGAUCGCUUCGCACAUCCACUCCGGCCCGGCGUGUUCUUCGAACUGGUACAGACUUUCUUGACCUUCGUCGUGUUUGCUUUGGUGGUCUUCGGUGGCAUGAUGCUGGGCAGCACCGCUUAUCGGGCCAGCUUCUUUUGGUCCUUAGCCUACUUCUUGCUCGUGGCCACCCUAUCAUUCCUCACGCACGGUGGAGCGGAGCUCCUGUGGCACCACUUCGCGGCAGCCGUCGCCUUUCGCACGUUCACGCGGCCGUUCGGUGGCCGCAACCCAUGCCACGUCGGAGUGACGUGGAGAGCGUGGGAGCUGCACGAGAGCGUCGCUGUGCUGGACGACUCCCGGUCCUUCGUCGUGGGCGAGUGCUCCGUGGACUUCCGGGAGAUCAUACCGGCCGCUCGCUGCGCAGACUGGGCGGUGGGAGAUGCGGUUCAUCAAGAUUGGCGUGUGGGCUCGCGCCUGGUAGUGGGAGGGCUGCAGAGCAGUCACAUGAGGCACCUGAAUGGGCUCUUUGCCACGGUGUGCCCCCACAAGCGCUUUGGACACCCAUGCCUCAUCCAGAAGCCCAGCGCACCGAACCAAGCCUUGUGGCUGACCUUGUGCCUGCGCUUUGAGGACACGGCCAAAUCACAGAUCCACGGCGCAGCCCGGCCCGAGAGACCUCAAGUCUUCUUUGCAGACUGA